GUAACGUGUCUCUGUUCUCCGACAAUUCAAGUCCUGAGAUCAGCUGACGCGCUCAUGUGACCAAGGCUAGUCUGCAGCUCAAAAUGGAGUUGUCGGAAUCAGUGAUGAAAGGGCUUCAAACCGUGGCCGAUCCAAAUGUGUUCGACCUGAAAUCAUUUACGAUAUUCACAGAGGUCGUAUUCGACAGUCUGGUCUCGCCUCGACGCGAAAGUGUUCUAGGUCACCCAGAAUUGAAGCACAUCGAUCAGACUACGCUGAAACACUGUCAUACCGCGGCAGCGACCUUCAUUCUGGAAGGAGUAAAGCAAAAUGCAGAUAAAUCAACAAUUAGCUCGUGUCUUGAAGACGUCAGGUUCCAGAUUGAAAGAGUGGAUAUAUUUUAUACUUCAUUCCAGAAAAACAAAACAAAAUUGGAAUAUUUGUUAGGGGUGCCGCUUCUUCGGAAAUUAAUUUUAGUUGCACCAUGGAGCAACUUCAGGCUUUUCCAUCCCAUGACGAUGCAUCGUACAACAAGGAUUAAGAUUACAGAGCUCAAUCCCCAUUUGAUGUGUGUCUUAUGUGGUGGAUAUUUCAUAGAUGCAACAACAAUCAUAGAAUGCUUGCACUCAUUUUGUAAAAUGUGCAUUGUCCGGUACCUGGAAACCAGUAAAUACUGUCCAAUAUGUGAUGUGCAGGUCCACAAAACGAAGCCACUUCUCAAUAUUCGGUCUGACAAAACUCUACAGGACAUUGUAUACAAGUUGGUUCCUGGUCUUUUCAAAAAUGAAAUGAAGCGUAGAAGAGAUUUUUAUGCUGAACACCCGUCUGUUGAUGCUGCAAAUGGAUCAAAUGAGGAUCGAGGGGAAGUUGCUGAUGAAGACAAACGAAUCAUCACAGAUGAUGAGAUUAUCAGUCUGUCAAUUGAGUUUUUUGAUCAAAGGGCCCAACAGCAAGGCUGCACAGAUGUGAGGCAAAAUGAAGAGGUUAAUAAUAAAAGAUACUUACAAUGCCCUGGCAUGACUGUGAUGCAUUUGAGGAAAUUUCUGAGAAGCAAAAUGGAUAUACCUCCUACUUUCCAGAUUGAAGUUAUGUAUGAGGAUGAGCCUUUGAAGGAUUAUUACACAUUAAUGGACAUUGCAUACAUCUAUACAUGGAGAAGAAAUGGACCAUUGCCUCUGAAAUACCGUGUGCGGCCCAGCUGUAAAAAAAUGAAGAUUACCCACCCACAAGAUGGCGUGAACAGUACAAACCGCUCUGAAAGCGACUCAGCCAGCGAUAAGGCCAGCAGUCCCGCUGGAGUUCCAUCCACCUCCUCACCACUACCGAGUCCAAGCACACUGGUUCAGCCUUCACAACCUAAUUUCACCCAUGUUUCCAACCCUAUUAACGGCACGACGAUGACAAGCCCAAAUCGACAGUUCAGCUUUGGCAACAAAGUGCGAAAGACAGCGCUGAACGGAUCUUCCACAUCGUCGGGAUGAUAAGGGACUACACGAUAAAGCCAACGCCAGAUAUAAUCCAGCUAUUUCCAUGCCAACGUAGUGUCAUGUAGAGGCCUUUCUUUUUGUCAUUAUUAUCAAUAUAUUAUACAUGUAACUUUAACGUAGUGGAAAUGACGCGCUUCAUUCGACACAUUGCUGGAUUUUCUAAGUUUGUGUGAGAACGUUAGAGGCCCAUUUGAUUGCAAAGUGGAGCACAAAGCGACGGUUGCGGCAUUUUCAGAAUGCAGAAAUGACUGAAAUAUAGCCUACCUUUUUAUAUAUUUUUACUUUCGGUCUACAUUUUCCCUAAAUAAAUUGCGUUAUCUGUUGCUUGUAUUUUCCAUGUGUAUUAUAAUGUUCUUUAAAAGCAUGAUUAAAAAAAAAAAACAUUUACUUUUGAUUUUAGUUUGCCUUUUCUGGGGUAGUUACUUAACAUUCCUUGUAUAUUCUUGCCUUUAAUAAUGUAUCAAAGAAAGGCAUAUAUAUAGUUCAAAUUUAAAUGACAAAAGACUUUAUUAGGACUGCGUGUUCAAAGGGAUAAAGAAAUGCAACUUUUAAGUUCUAGUCGGCCUAAUAAUUUUUAUUAUUAGAAGUUCUUGGGAAUUCAAGUUUAGUUUUUGCAGUUAUUGUACGAUAUGCUCCACUGUGCCGGUUCGGGGCCGUCAGGUUGGUCUCGAGGUCAUAGUCAAGUCUUGUAUAGCAUGCACACAUAUCUUUCAGACUGCUUUUCAAGCUAUUACAUACACGAAUUUGUCAGAAGACAAAACAGCCAAUGUUAUACCCCCAACUUCUCAUUCUGGACAAGAUUUUGAUGUCUUCAGUGUUCAUUGUCUUAUUGGUCGAUUGUAGACUAUUGACAGCUAUUGUAUUGUGACUGUUGCACAGUAUAAAACAUCUAAAUAAACAUUUUACACUUUCA